UCAAAGAACAAACAAACACACAACGACACCUCACCAAACAAGAUGCUUCUAAAAGUCCUAGUGUUGGUCUCUUGUUAUUUCUCCGUUUACGGAGACGAAACAUUGCCAAAAUGUCCUAAAAUCGUCGGUCGCCAAAAAUGGGGUGCCCGUCCACCCCUUGAAACGGAGCACGUCGUCAUCCCCGUCGAAAACGUGGUGGUGCAUCAUACCGAUACCAAAGCUUGUGAUACAGAAGCCGCUUGUAAUGCCAUCGUGAAGAGUAUCCAGGAUUAUCACAUGGAUAAGCAGCAAUUCCCCGACAUUGGCUACAACUUCUUGGUGGGUGGUGACGGACAGGUGUAUGAAGGUACUGGCUGGCACCACAAGGGGUCCCACACUCAUGGUUACAACAGCGAGUCCUUUGGAAUUGGGUUCAUCGGCUCGUUUCAUAAGGAGUCCCCUCCUGAGAAGCAGCUACUAGCUUUCGAGACCUUCCUGUACUGCAGUGUGAACAUGUUGGAGUUGAAGGAAGGCUACAAGUUGUUUGGAGCCAGACAAGUUGGAAAUACGCAGAGUCCUGGAGAUAAGUUGCAUGACGCUAUCCAGAAAUUCCAUAGUUUCAGUCCCAAUCCACCAAAUAAGACAACUACCGAUGACCAUCAUCAUCACCAUCAUCAUUAAAGCUGCUCUUUACAGAAAAAAACCUGCUCUAUUAAAUUUAAGAAGUGGCAAAACCUCGGUUCUAAAUAUUAUGUAUUGGUCUUUGUGCUUCAAAUCUUUAAAUAUAUUUACUAAAUAGAAA